AGGGGGCCUCCAAAGGGGGCUGGGCUUUCCCCUGGGUGGGACCGGAGUCCCCUGCCUCCCUGAGGGUGCUCCUGGCCCCAGCUCCUGAGAGCAGAGCCCGCCAGAGCCAUGGCCCUGAGACUCGUCCUGGUCUUUGCCGUCAGCCUCUGGGUGGGCUGCUCACUCUGUCGCGAGAGAGAAGGCUACCCAGUAGCUUCCUCCCAGCCCAGGGUGUGGUGCCAGGCCUCCAGGUACCCGGUUGCCAUAGACUGCUCCUGGACCCUGCCGCCCACUCCUCCGAAUUCCACCAGGCCCACAUCGUUCAUUGCCACGUACAGGCUCGGCGUGGCAGCCCAUGGGGAAAGCUGGCCCUGCCUCCAGCCGACACCAGAAGCCACCAGCUGUAUCAUCCCCGAUGUCCAGAUGUUCUCCAUGGUGCCCUAUGUGCUCAACAUCACCGCUGUCCAACCCGCUGGUGUCAGCAGCAGCUUCUUGCCCUUUGUCCCAGAGCACAUCAUCAAACCGGACCCUCCGGAAGGCGUGCGCCUGAGCCCCCUCCCUGGGCAGCAGCUGUGGGUGCAAUGGGAGCCCCCCCGGACUUGGCCCUUCCCGGAGAUCUUCUCCCUCAAGUACCGGAUCCGCUACAAGCGUCACGGGGCUGCCCGCUUUCGUCAGGUGGGGCCAAUUGAAGCCACAUCCUUCACCCUCAAGGCUGUGAGGCCUCAAGCCAAGUACUGCAUCCAGGUGGCUGCUCAGGACCUCACCGACUACGGGGAAUGGAGUGCCUGGAGUCUCCCUGCUGCUGCCUCCAUGACCCUGGGCAAGUAGCAGGGGCUCCACGCACCCCUGAAGAGGGGCCAUGCCCUUAACAUCCACCUAAGGGUGGAUGGGACCUAUCCGGCCUGGGUUCACCAUUGUCGAGUUGCUGGACAAUCCUGGACAAGUGACUUUGCCUGUCUGAGUCUCAGUUUCUCAAUCUGUGAAAUGGGAAUGUGUUCCCUCCGUCCUUUGACACAGUGCAAUGCUUUGAGAACUAUGAA